GUUGAGCCGAGGACCGGUCGGGAGUGUGGCAGAAGGAGCCGUUAGCGGUGGAGGGUGCUCGCUCCCUUUACGGUCCUGGUCCACAAACAAAUACAAGACCCACUAACAAAUAAAAGAAAUAAAAAAAAAGGAAACAACGGGACUCCCUCCCACCUGUGACCGGACGGGCGAUGGAUAACAGUAAACGGACGGUGGUCGUUACAGGUUUUGGGCCAUUUGGAGAGCACACGGUCAACGCCAGCUGGGUAGCAGUAGAGGAACUGAAGAAACUUGGACUGGGCAGUGAAGUGAACUUGCAUGUGUCUGAAGUUCCUGUAGAGUAUCAGACAGUCCAGAGUUUGGUUCCCUCAUUAUGGAAGCAGUAUCGUCCACUGUUGGUAGUUCAUGUUGGAGUCUCAGGUAUGGCCACCACUGUCACACUGGAAAAGUGUGGCAGAAAUCACGGCUACAAGGGCCUGGACAACAGCAGCUUCUGUCCUGAUUCACAGUGUUGCAUCGUGGGAGGCCCGGACUGUAUCGACUCAGUCAUUGACAUGGAAUCAGUCUGCAAAAGAGUGAGCGCCUCUGGGCUGGGAGUAGCUGUGUCCGUCUCCAAAGACGCUGGAAGGUAUCUCUGUGAUUUCACCUACUACACGUCUCUGUACCUGAGCCACGGUCGCUCUGCCUUCAUUCAUGUGCCUCCUCUUGGAAAGCCUUACAGCCGGGAAGACCUGGGCCGUGCCCUGCAGGCCAUCAUCCGGGAGAUGCUGGAGCUUCUGGACCAGGCCGAGGAGAAGAUUCACUGCCAGCACUUCCACUAAGUGACCUCCAGAUGCCAACCAGCCUCUCCAGCCUUUACCACACAAGAGAAAUUGCACUUAACCACAAGUAGCCAAACUUCUUUUUUGUUUGUUUUUUAUUGUCAUCUUUUCUUGGACAAAAUGAAAAUGUUGGUGUAUCCCAUCUUUUUAGUGUUUGUUCCUCUUUGUCUUAGGUUUUUGCUUCAUGUUUUGCCUCAUUCCGUUGUGUUUUAAUGUCUCCCGAAGGUGAGAGGAUAAAAUGGAGGUCUCGAGACAACCCUCAGUCACACUAUAAUAUAAGCUUUUGUCCCACUUCCAAGGAACAUAAAACUUUCUGACUUUGGAGUUUAUAAUAUGUGAAAAACGUUUAGGUUCACUAAGAAACACAGAAGCAAAGUGCAGCUCAUAUUUGUUUAUAUGCAGAGGGUCUGUAAAGUGACAGACAGUCAACCUAUAACCCCAAAUGUGACUCCUAUUAAUGCACCUUAUAGGGUUAGGGUUAUUGAAAUGGUUAUAGAAGUCACAUCUGGAGAAACUGUGAAUAAACUCUACAGUAUUUAACUUCCAUAAUGCUUCAUCCUCAGAUUUUGAGUUUCAUAUUUUGAAUUUCCAAACUUCCACUCAGACACAGUAUGUUACAGUCAACUCACCUCAGUGUCUAUAAAUGAUUAAUGUACAUGAUACAUUAUGGGUUAAGUAGAAAUGUUUAGCAGUGAACUGUGUUUGCUAAGUUCUGUUUUCUUUUAACUACCUUCUAACUUUGCUGUUUCACACUUGAUGUUACGUUGUUUUUUCAAGUCCUUUUUUCUUUAUAAGAAGUUGUAAAUUUGCCUACUUUUACAAAGGUUAUUUAAAUCAGGGAACGGGUUGGUUCCAGCUCAUAUUCCCCCAGUUUGUUGGCCCAAUUCUGACAGAAACCCCCCCCCCAAAUCCACUCCACUGAGAUCUGGCCCCAGGUUGUGCAAUGUUAUUUACAGAUCUCAAGUUCAGUGAUUUAGUUUUAGUUUGUCAGUAUUAUAUUGUGGCUGCACAGUUAUUUGAGAAAAUUUAGAUUUUUUGACAUUUUCAGAUUUCAUUAAACAAUUUCCGGUUCUAAAUCUAAAUUGUAUUAAUUAAUAUCCAUUAAUAUUCCUUUUAAAUGACUGAACAAAUAGAAGAUAUUUUCUCUCCUGUUCAUUUAAUAUAAUGAGUUACUGUGGACUGUGCUGGAUUUCUGGGUAGUAAAGUCCUUUUACUGAUUUGGGACAUUAGUAAAAAUGCCUAUUUAAACCUAACUUCACAAAGAUGCACAUUUUUAAACCGUGAAGACCAAAUUACAAAAUCACAAUUUAUUCUAUUUUUCCACAAUUGUGCAGCCCUACUUGUUAUUCCUUGGUUAAAGCUUUCCGUUGUUCCCUUCAUUGAAUCAGAUAUAGCUGCUUAUUUUAUCUGAGGAUUUGAUUUGAUGAAGUUGGACUCUCAGUUCAGUCAGAGUUGGGCCUGGACAUUUAUUUCUGUAGCACUUUCUUUUUCUUUUCUUUUUUUACUUAAUCUGGAAUAAUGGACAACAGUUUUACUUAUGUGAAUGCUUGCAUUUUGUAUUUUUAUUUUCAGUCACUUUAACUUGAGAUAUAUAGCUUUCCAGACAUACACAUAUCAAGUUUUAACCCUAAUCCCCAAUAAUUAUAAUUAUGUAUGUGACGUAUGCUUUAUUUUUCCUGAGCUUUGGUUUGAUCUUACCUGUGAAGCAGCAGAUUAUGUCACUGUGUCUGUGGUGGUGCCACUCCCAGGUGUAAAUGUUCUGUUUUAUGGCUUUUUUUGUAUUGGAUUGUCUGUUUCACUGUGUAAACCAGCAUUUUCCUGCCUGCUGAGUCGUCAGAACAGCCCAUGCCACCUAACACAUCUUUGGUUUUAUCCGUUUUAGUAGACGUUUUAGAAUCAAAUGGUCUACAUUGUAAACUGUCAGAGCUAGUCUUAGGAAAAUAACUGAACACUGUGCUUAGUGUUUUUAGUUACAUGUUUCAAGCAAGUUAGUGCAACUGAGUUUGAAUAAAUUGUCGUUAUUUUUAGCAGUGUGUGUCAUUUUGAUUGCUAGUCACACCAUGGUUUGUACCACAAAGUAUCAUCCUGGAGAACUGAGCUUAACAGAAUUGAACUUCUUCUCAGACCUAAAUUUUUAUCUUUGCAUUUGUCAUUGAACUUACAUCUCCGUAAUGUGGUUUUAAGAUGUCUUAUCAAAUUGUUGAAAUGAUGGGCAGGUUUUAGUUCUGAGUUUGUAGGUGCUGAUAUUUUUUGUGAGUGCUGAGGAGUGAAAGAGUUGUGGAGGAGCUGCCCCUAAAAUGUCUGUUCAAAAAAACUGAAAAGCCUCAAGUUUACAUAUGAGGUGACCUCUGACCCUGACUCUGUCCUGUGCCUUGCUGUUGUUUAUGUGUGUUAUGAAAAAGGCCUUAAAAUGCCCAAUGGGUCAGUUCAAAGAUAUAUUGUUGAUGCUGUCCAGUCAGAUGUGUGGCUACCUCAAAAAUACUUCUUUUUUUUUUUUUUAAUCUCAGUGUGUGCUCUGUUGGACAAUAACAUUGUGGCUCUGUGAAUUAUUGUGAGUUUCUCUGUUUACGGAGAAUCCUCUGAAAGGUAUCUUCUACUGCUUCUGACAUUAACAAAGCAAUGUUACAACAAGUAAUCUUGGCUUUGCAAAAGGAAAGGCUUUGAAAUAAAGAGAAUUAAAGGAUUACAAGUGA